GUAGCCUUUGCCCUUUGUAAUGGUAUGAAAUGAAGAAGGUUGAGCACAAGCACAUGGAGGGCUACACAGCGUAAGCCGUCGCAGGCGCUAGUUUCUCCUUCACUGUUUACACUGACCGCAAGGCCCGCAACCCCUUUUCUCAAAACCCCACUUCUGGACUUUUCUCCAUUGCCCCCUGUUUCCCUUUCCUUUUUUCAACCCUUUCGAAACAAAUAUAGUGAAUUCCCAUUUUCCCAAAUGAAUGAUUCUCCCUCUUUUUAAUCUCUUCGUUUCGCUUCUUCUUCGGAUCUUUUCUCGCUUUCAGAAAUGGAGCAUCGAGAUCAGAGGCAGGAGAGCCAUGGAGUUCAUGUUUGCAACAAAUGUGGAUGGCCCUUUUCUAGCUCUCAUCCGAGUGCUAAACGUAGGCGUGCUCACAAGAGGGUUUGUGGAACCAUUGAAGGGUUCAAGCUGGUUGAGUCUGAGGCUAAUACCCUUUUGACUGUUUCAGAUAAUGAUGGCUAUCAUAAUAGUUCCAGUCUAGAAGUCCUGGGAGGCAGUUGCAGUGACAAUGGCGUCGAUGGAACGAAAACAAAAUCGAAGGAAUCCGGAGAUGAAGUGUUUUCCGAUGCUGUUGCAGAGUUUUCAGAGGGCAUAGGACCAAACAAAUCCAUGGGAGAUGCUUUGAAUUCGGAAAGCAUGUCGAAGAUGGUGGCCGAGGAUGAAAUGAAUAGCUCCCGAGCUACGAAUGACACAGAAGUCUUUGAAACUACUAUCCAUCAGUCAGGAAGCGAGCAGGAACACGAAAUUAAUCAAGAACUUUUGAAUAUCGAGACUGACUCUCGAAUUCCGUUGUCGUGUUCUUCAACUGAAAAUCAAAAGGUUGAGGAUUCGAUUGUUGCAGAAACCGCUAUCGAUCGGUCAGGAAAUGUGCAGGAAACCAAAGUUGAUCAAGAACUUAUGAAUCUUGUGACUGAUUUAGGAACUCCUCUGUUCAUCUCUUCAACUGAGCAGGAAACCAAAUUUAAUCAAGAACUUGUGGUUCUCCACGACGAUCAUAUGAAUACGACUACUGCAAGUGACUUGAACCCGAUUGAACCCGAAACUAUAGUGCCUCUGCAACAAGAAAAGAACAUUCAUCGUGCUGAAAACGUGCCUCGAUGCUCCUUGCCAUCUCCUGAUACAAGAUAUGAUGAAAAGAAGAAUGAGGGGUUCGGUUCGUUUAAAAACUCGGCAGAAAUUGCUGCACCACCGGGAAGAAUGGAUAAUGAUAAAUCCGAGCCAGUAUCGAAGAUGGAAGAAACCAUUGAAAUACCUAAAGAGCCCACUGCACAUAAUGGAAACGAUCUAGAGUCUUGCAGUUGUCACAUCUUACUCGAGACCGAUGAAAUAAAAGAAAGGAAUGACAAUGUGCCUCCGCCUUCUGUGUCGAGUGACUUAAACGUUGUAGAGCGUCGUGAGGCUUUAGUCGACGAUUCAAAGGACCAUAAGGAUCUUAAGUUAACUGAUUAUGUUGUACAGGAUCGUCAUGAAGGAGUCGGUGGUUCGGGAGACAAUUUUAAGGAUCCCGUUCGUGAGACUUCCCAGGCCGAGCCAUUUGAUCCAGCCUCGGAAGUAGCUUCUUUUGACACUGGAGUCAAGAAUGUGUCUGUUGAUGUGAGAGCUGAUUGUUCUAGGAAUAGCAACGAGGAAGUCGAAGAAAUUCCCGUUAAAGAAGUGAAUGCAACCGAGAUUAAGAGUGAACUCGAUGAAAACGAGAAGCACGAUAAGAGUCGAAACUUAAGUGAUGCUGCAAAUUUUGGGAUUGAUAGUGUUCCAUCAGCCUCCUUUUCACCAGAAGUUGAACCAGUGGCCUCUUCCAUGCAUUCUCUCGAUAAUCUUUCUGAAAAUGUUACCGAUGUCGUUUUCGAUGAAAACUCAGCUGCACCAACAGGUAAUCUAAAGAAACUCGACGACAAUGAAGUGGGAAACGGAGGAGUUCUUCGAGCUGAUGAUGAGAACAAAGCAGGAGCAUGUGGAACACAUUCAGAGGACAUGGCGCAAAUUUAUAUUCCAGAGGAAACGGUUUCAACAGGGAUCGAUUCCACGAUGCUUGAAUCUAACACGAACAGCAGAGAGAAUAGAUGUCGUGCUGUUGCUGAAGAGAUAGCAAACGAAUCUCCUAGGAAGUUUUCUGGGACCGAAAACGCAGACACAAAAAGUUUCGGAAUUAAUUUAGUUUCAGAUGCUCAGCAAAGUGUAAAAGACGACGAUCAUGGCGAUGAUCAGUCAUGUCAUGUUGCAGGUUUUAGCGCAGUUCAAAACUCGUCCGAUGUCGAUUCGAACAAAGAAGCGAAUUUGGUUUCUGUCAGUAACGAAUCUGUCACGGGAAGAUCAGACGCUCCUCGGGAUGGCAGUGUGAGCCAGCUUGUUGGAGGUGUGAGAAUUACUUCUGAAACUUGGCAAGAUGAUACUGUGAAAACCGACGUAAGACCGCAGCUUACAUCAUCCCUUCUCGAUGCUUCGGUCGAUGCGAGUAGUCAAACCGACAGUCUUGAAGGCAACUGGGGGUCUGUCUCAGUGCUCUCAACUCAGUCAGAUUUACCAGCUGUUGUUGAUGGCGAAGCAACACUGCAAGCACGAGCCGAAGCAGCGGGAAACAACUCGGAGAGGAUGGAAGCUGCAACCAAGAGACAACAUUCCGACAGAUGUGAUUUGUUCGAGCCACCAUCUUUUAUGACCUUGGUCGAACCUGAAGGUGGAGGAAUCCAAAGCACAGGCGCUUCCGAAAUCCAGACCGACGAAAACCAACAGCAGCGAAAUCCUGCAUCUCUGCAGGCUGGGUGGUUUCCCUCGUACACUCACGUUGCAAAGGACUCACCGGGACGAAAGAAGAACGAGGCAGUUAUAGCGAAGGUAACAAACUGGAGCACAGGGAAGCCACACACUGCUCUCAAGAACCUUUUGGAUGAUGCUGCACUCGAAAACAAACAGAAAUCAUCACCAACACGAAAAGAAAACCUGGCUUCCAUGAUUCAGAAAGACGAAAAUUCGACAGAAAAUAGUGUGGUCAACGCAACAGUCGGCUCCGUUACUCGGCCGAGAUCGCCUGCCUCACAGUUGGGAAACAGAGAGAUUCCAAAUGAAUGGAACUCUCCUGCAAGGUAUCCAUCAGACAUCCGGAGAGAAAGGAGAAAAGGGAAGCCAUAUUGGGCUCAAUUUGUAUGCUGUUCAUCAGUGCAUUAGUAGUGUAGAGUGUUGCAGAACUGGCUUGAAUGUUAUUUAGCUGUAUGAACUUUUCAGGGUGCUUUGCUUUUUGUGCCAUAUUCAACAUGGCUCAAUGAACACAAACUUAGCAGAAUUGGAUCAAA